UUACUAAAGCAAAAUCAGAAGUAAAACGUCAAGGAAAUUAUUAACAGAGGUGAUAAAAAUAAACAAAACUCUUUAGUUUCUCGCGUAUUCCAGCUGUUUUAAACCGUAGUCGUGUUAAUACUAUUCUAGACGUACGUGUUCUUUAUGACAUAAAUAGAAAUGGCUACUAAAAAGAAGGAUUUAGAAAUUAUAUACAAUCUACAGUGGAAAAAUAAACCUGCAAAUGGAGGUGACAAAGCAAAUAUCAUCGGAAUGUACGACAUCCCAGCAACCACUUUAAAUUGGGAAGUAUUUAAAUCUUAUCUGCUGAAAAAUUCUGGAACAGUUGGGGAUGAUGUGAAGGUUUCAUAUAUUACUGAUAGUAACAGGGAGUUCCCUAUCGAAUCCCAAACUGAUUUCCAGAUCGCCUUGUACGCUUUCCGCAGAAAGUCCCGACUGGGUGACAUUGUGAAUCUUAAACUUGACAGAAUUUCCGACCAGCCCACCCACAAAAAUCUCCGACACUCAAAUGAUGUGGAAACCCAGUCCGAUAACAACGAGGCGGUAUCCCUUACCUCGACAUGUUGCAAUAUCGAAACACCUCCAGAGUGGUUUGUUGCCUACAUGAAUCAGUUCAAAAAAAAUAUUACCGACGAGUUGACUACUACGGUGUCCACCAUCGUUUCAAAUAUUAAACCUCAUGUUGUAAGCCAGCCAUCUUGUUACCAUUCACGCAAAUCCAAGCCAGAAUGCCCGAAACGCGUCAGAAAACUGGCCCCACUCAUCGCUGAAUCUUCACACGAGACCAAGGACCUGUUGAAAUCGCUCAAGCUGGAGGGUAAGCUAGAGAGGAAACUGGAGAAGUUGGAGCACAAGACGAAGAAGAUCAAGGAGAAGAAAUUGGCUCUGUUGACGAAGUCGAGCGACAGCGACGCCGGUCAGAGCAGCAGCAGGAGCCAUUCGUAUCGUCGCGUGGAGAAGGAGGAUGACUUAUUGCAAAUGGAUGCCGCUCCGGUGAACACGCAGUCCGCUGUGCCACAUAUGCUCGGUGGGGAGGUGUACCUGCAUCAGUGGGAGGUUAUGAAUACCGGGAAAUUGCCCUGGACGUCUAAGACUUCCCUGAACUUUACAUGGGGUUCGAAGGCACUGAAACCGUUGGACACCACUAUAUCUGUCCCGUAUUUGAAACCCGGGCAGAUCGGAACUCUCGCUGUUCGCCUUCAGAUUCCUGAUCACCCGGGCCAGUACGAAUGCUACUUCCACUUCCAUCACAAGGAACGACGAUUCGGCCACUGGUUGGGCUGCCAGGUCAUAGUAGAUCCGUUCGAUCUGAAAGGAAACAAAUCCGUCUUAGAAACAUCGUUCGUGUCGGAAUUUAUUUCAAAUCCCAAAAAAUUCAAGACGACCGACCCAGAGUACCACGACAUAGAUGAAGCGGUGACUCAGUACUCGGAAAUCUUCGAAGAACCGCCCACCAGCAGUCCGCAGAAGUACACGUUCAACAUUGAACAGGACGUCAAAAAUGACGGAGCCAAACCCGAAGAGACCGCCGACGACGAUGACGAUACCUCCAGAAGCUUAUUGAAGUCGCUCGUAAGGAAUAUAAGUACCAGAAUGGACGACAUGAAGCUGCAAGAUCCUACCGAUACCAACUGCAGCAGCGACUCCGACAACCAGAGCAUUGUUUCCUUGAGUGAAAGCAACUCCUCGAAGAGUCUACCGGAAGAAUUUGUUGUCGUCCCCAUACCGGACUGUUUCAAAGUUGAUCAAGAGGCAAACACCGAGAAUGUACUAGGUGGAGACGAUAAAGAUUUAGUCACCGAUUCCACCGCAGUGAGCAGUUCGAACAAACGGGUUUCGGAGGAAAGCGUCAAGGCCGAUUCUGAACAGGCCUCCGAUAAUUUCGACGGUAACAACAAUUCGGAGAAGGUAAAUCAGAAUUCUGCCACCGGGUUGCUCGUGAAGUUGGACGAUUCCUCGUCGAACGACGGAAGUCAGAAAUCGGACGUUGUUGUCAUUUCUAUACCGAAUAAGGAAGAGGAGGACAACGCCGGAUACGCUUACCUCAUAGUCGACGGGCACCGCCUGCCAAUCCCCAAGAAAAUACUGAAUUCCGAAUAUCUAAAACUCGCCGAUGAGAACGCCAGCUCCUCGAAGGAAAGCCUGACUAGAACCGACAGUGUCGCGUCCUCCGUCGAAAUGGGCAUUAAGAAGGACGAUCAGCAGCAAUCCGAAGCUGUACCGUUUUCUGUUCCCGAGCAGCAGGUCAUGUCGGAGGGAGGCGACCAAAAGCUGGAUUCAGAUAUUAACGGCGAUCUUAUGUCCCACUGUUCCGCCGCGGGGUCUUGUUUCUCCGAAGCGGGUCCGGGAUCGGACAAGAAUUCCAGAUUGUUUAUCUUCCCGCAGAGCUGCCCCGGCUUCGAGGUCGUCUACCCAGUUUUGGACGUAUCAGAGAAUAGCCUGCAGGAAUACAAAUGGUCCGAGUCUAAUACCCAGUACACUUUUGCCAAUUCAUCCGCCCAAACCACCACAUCCGCCAGCGCACCGCCUCUCAGUCCGACCGCCCCCAACAAAAACCCUUUCGCGGCAGGGAGCACGGUCCACGUCCCGAACUUCCAGCAGACCCCCCCGGAACUGAGGACGGCCCCACCGACGGCGACCACGACCACCGCAGAAACCACGAGCAUUCCCACGACCCAGGCAGCUGCCGGGACGCCGCCACCCGAAAACGUAAGGGCCCACGAAAACUCCCCUCCGAUUCAUAUCCUACCCGAGACUUUGGUGUCUGGGGCGGUCAAUGUCGCCUCGUCUGCCCUAAAUACCGCAAGAACCGUAUUUAACAUGAUUGUGCCUCGUGAGCAGCCUGGUAGGUGGGUGAACGGCCAUUGGGUGAGUACAAGCGCCGAGACCCCACGCGAGGCGAAUCUCCAGGCCCUGGCAGAGAUGGGAUUCUGGAAUAGAGACCUGAACGCCACCCUCCUGGCCAGAUAUAACGACGACUUAUCCAGAGUAGUAGCCGAGCUGGUCCAGUAGGCUUAGGCAGUUCAGAAGUGGGAUCCCCAACCUUUUUGGGUUAUUUUAAAAUAUAUGGUUUAUUAUGCAUUAUAGUUCUCUUGAAUAGGUUUUUGGGUAUAUAAAAAUGGAUAUAUAGUCGUCGGAAUCUGAAUUUUAAUUCAAAAUGUUUCGAUUGUGGCAAAUAGUUGAGUAUUAAAGCAUUUAAAAAAAAAAAAGUAGGUUUAAUUGUCUUCAACACAUAUUUUGAUCAUUAAUUUCAGCAGAGUUCAACCUCCUGACAAUUCUUCAGCUAAUCACGAUCCGAGAGGAUAUAACUUGUAGCACGUAAUCCCACCUAGCGUAAAUCCAUCGUUUGUCGAUGAAAUAAAAGUAUAUAUGUUUUAUUUCCUGCUUAGAUGUAUGGCCCGUCUUACGUACGUUUGUUUUAUGGUGGAUGGUAUCGUCAAACUCGUUCCAUAUCUUUGUUUACCAGUCCCGCUGUUGAAAGCUUUCAACCCAAUUAUUUCGCUAUACGCUUUUUUACGAUGAUAUGUAGCGAGUCUGGGCCCGAUACGACCAUCCCAUAAUUAAUUAGGAGACAGGUAUAUUGUUUGUGGUAUACGUAGCGUGUAGGCUUAUAUAAAAAUACUUAUUUCAUUGUGAUAACUAUAUAAUGUUCUGAUAUGUACGUGGUAAAACUAAAAAUAAAUAUAUAUGUUCAUA